AUGGAAUAUUUAUUUUUUACAUUAAAUGAUUUACCAGAUGAAAUUCUUUUGAUAAUUUUUACAAAAUUAAAGAAUGUUUCACUACUCUACUCUUUAAUAGGUGUUAAUAAACGACUCAACACAAUUGUACGUGAUCCAAUUUUUACAAGUCAUUUAACAUUGAUGAGAUGUUUGUUAGAUGAUUCCAUAUGUCCCUUACCUGAUUCAAUGCUUGAUCGAUUUUGUUCACAAAUUUUACCUGAAAUUCAUUGUCAAAUCAAAUGGCUUGAUCUUGAAUCAUCAUCUAUGGAACGUAUACUUCGUGCUGCAAAUUAUCCAAAUUUAUCUGGACUUGGUUUAUUGGACAUUGACUUAGAAACAGCUCAAUCCCUCUUUGUUGAUGAAUAUUCUUUAAUUCAUACAUAUAAAAAUCAAAUAACAUCAUUUGUUAUCGAUAUAACUAAAAAUAAAAAGGAAAUUUCAAUAGGUGUCAAUAUAUUUUUAUUUACACAUAUUUUUAUAACAUAUACCAAUUUACAAUAUUUAAAUUUCAAUCCAUUGUCAAGUUACAAUAAAUCUUUAUCAUUUCCGACUUCAUCUCCAACUUUUAUCUCCUCAAAUCUCUUAGAAUUGUAUGUCUCUUUGAAAAAUUUCAUCGACUGUCUUUAUAUACUUGAUGGACGUUUCAAUCAAC